UAGAAGCUCAGAGAAAUGAUCAUAAAAGAUGAUGAUGUUAUUAUAUGCGCUUAUCCAAAAGCCGGUACUCAUUGGAUCUGGGAAGUGGUUCAGAUGUUGAGAGGUCAAACGACCGAAUAUCACAAAGAUAUUAAGGAGAAACAAAUGAUAGAAGCUGCUAAAAUCGAGGGUAUAGAUUCUGAACCAUCACCACGAGUUCUCAAUUCCCAUUUAUGGCCGCGACAUUUACCUAAACAAAUGUUUGAAAAGAAAACCAAAAUAAUUUUUGUCAAUCGUAAUCCUAAAGACAUAUUGAUAUCUUUGUUCUGGCAUUACACCGGAGCAGAAAAAGAGAAAUUGGUUACCUUGGCAACUUUACUUUAUGGACUAUGGUAUGAAUAUACCCUAGAAUGGGAAAGGUUCCUUAAAACAACUGAAAAUCCAGUUUACGAACUGUCUUAUGAGGACAUGCAACAGAAUCCGCUACAUCAUGUGAAAGAGCUGGCUAAAUUUCUUGGAAAAGAUGUCACUGAUGAAUUAGGUAGGGUUAUAGUAGAUGCCUGCUCCUUUGAUAAACUUAAGAAAGCCAAUGACGAAGUGAAAGAUGACUUUCUUAAACCUUUGUUCAAGGAAGGACAGUCAAUGUUUAGAAAAGGUAGGAGUAGAUUAUUGUCUCCUUAA